GUACGGGCGAAGAGGAUUGUAGUAGAGGAAGAAGUGAUAACUGCUGCCUCAUAUCUUGAGGGAUCGGCAACAAGAUGGCUAGAUGGAUUGGAGCUUCAAAAGGGUUCGGUAGGCGAAUGACAGAUUGGGCAAAGACCCAUACACUAGAACGUUUCAUGGACUUGGUGGAAGCGCGUUGGCACAACCCACAGCAGGCACAUAUUGCUACUAAUGCAUUGACCCGACUUGAUACUAAAAAGUAUAAGACCGUGCGCAAACUCACCUCUGCCAUUGAGCGCCUAAUUGUCGUUCUCGGGGUACGCUACGAUCCGCAAGUCUUAAUGACCAUGUUCUUGAGAUGUCUUCCCACAUACGUCAAGAACUUGUUAGCCAGCGAGGCUCACCUCGAGUAUCACACAUUUGAGACCUUUAGCAAGAAGGCUCUAGGUUUGGAGGCCACGCUAGGAGGUGCUCAACAACCCUCUACGGACGGAAGAAAGAAGAAGAGUCUACAAGAGUGGAAGGAGAAGGGGAGUCGAUUGAUGAUGGUUAAUGUCGAUGGCACUCAAACCGAGAUCGACGACUAUUCUGACUUAGUGGACGGUUCAGAGUUUGACGACGAGGAUAGUGUUGAGGGUAGCAACCCUGCUGCAUUGUCUGAGUUGGCGAACCUCCUGCAGGCCGUACGGAACCACAAGGCUCAGCACGAGGAUGCAACACGGGCACUUGAUUCCCGUGUACUGGACUUGGAGCAAGUAGCACCAAGACCGGACGCUGGCGAGUCCAGCAGUGCACCCUCUGCCCGCCAACUGGAGCAACGCGUCGACCACAUAGUCGCAAUGCUCGGCGACAUCAGCACCUUCGCUGCGCCAACCACCAUCAGCAAACAACUGGAUACCUUGAAGACCGAGGUUCAACAACUGCAGCUGCCUAACAAGGAUGGCAACAGCACAACGCAUUAUAAGAUGCCGACAUUCCAAAUUGAGAAGUUCGAUGACUACACGCAUCAAGACCCGGUCCUCUGGUGGGAAGGCUUUACGACGCAACUUCGGAUUCUGUUCGUCCCCAAGCACGCGUUCAUCGGCGCCCUGUUCCUGAACUCAAAGGGCGGAUGCCAGAUCUGGUUAAGCCACCUGACAUCCAUCCACGGCGUCGACGUCGCAGAUUUGAAAGACAAGAUCUCAUGGGAAGAGUUAACACGGCUAUGGAAGAAGCGGUUCAUCGUGGACGACGCGCCAACACUCACCAUCAACCGUCUCUUCGGCAUGACGCAAGGCAACACAGUAACAUGUGACUGGCUCACGGAAUGGCAGAAGAUCGCGGCAACGCCCGAUCUUGACUUGCCAUUUUCGCAUAUGCGCCGCGAGUUCUACAACAGGUCAUGUGCUGCAUUGAGCCUUGCACUUGGUGAUCGUGAGCAAUAUGCCACCUUCGCUGAAAUCAUUGACAAGGCGAGAGAGAUCAUCAAGACAAACAGGGCGGCUGCACACGAGAAGUCAACGUGGCAGCCAACCUAUGUGGAGAAGGUGAAAACUGGUCCGCGACCGCAGCAGUUCGCUGCAGUCCAAUCGGACAACAUUGUGGAAGACCCGGCAGCCUUCCAAGCGUCACCCCGGUCGAUGUUCAACGUGCUCAUGGCACAAUUGCGGGAUUACAUGCACAUUGCAGUACCAACUCCGUUGAUGGACGCCGAAGUAGAGGUUGUCGACCUUCACGCCUACAUUGCGAAGAUCGACCGCGAGUUCAAGACGCAACGGUACGACGACAUCGACACACCUUUGUUAUAUGUACGCAUUCAGACCGGAGAGGCGACCUGCAGCGCUUUGAUCGAUUGCGGAGCAUCUCGCAACUACAUGAGCCAGGACUUUAUGAUACGCGUCGGCCUUGGCCCACGCGUCUGGAGGAAGUCCCAACCGACGCAAGUCACAUUGGCAGACGGUCAUACGCACAAGUCAAUUGACCGGUGCAUUGAUGACGUCCCCGUAUACUUUGCCCCGCAUGCAAGGGAGGCGGUGUCCUUCGAUAUUUUGGACACCAAAUUCGACAUGAUCUUGGGCAUGUCAUGGCUGCGAAGCGAGGAUCAUCCGGUGAACUUCUACCGCCGCACCGUUCACGUUCGUGAUCGGAACAGAGUACUAGUCCCAUGCACGGUAGCUCCUCCUCACCCUUCAAUCAGUUGUCACGUGGUGUCCGCCGCAAGCAUGCGAGCUUCCAUCAUCAGAGACGACGUCGAGGAGAUGGGGGUGUGUUUUCUCCACGCCCUCCCGCCCCAAGACGCUUCAUCGACGGACUCAUCUUCGGACCCACGCAUCACCGAGCUUCUCGACGCCUACAGCGACGUGUUCAAAGGCCCGCACGGAGUAGCACCGGAUCAGCCCAUCCGCCACGAGAUCAUCUUCGAGGACAGGGUUGUACCUCCGCGUGGUUGCAUCUACCGAAUGAGCGAGGAAGAGCUAAGUGUGCUACGGGCACAACUCGACGACCUUCUUGAGAAAGGCUGGAUUCGGCCUAGCUCCUCGCCAUACGGUGCUCCCCUCAACGCGCAAACGGUCAAGAACGUCAGCCCUCUUCUACGCAUCGACGACCUCCUCGAACGGCUGGGCGGCGCCAAGUUCUUCUCCAAGCUAGACCUCAAAUCGGGAUAUCACCAACUUGAGAUCCGGCAGGAGGACCGCUACAAGACCGCAUUUAAGACGAGAUAUGGGCAUUACAAAUGGCUGGUUAUGUCGUUUGGCCUUACGAAUGCCCCAGCCACUUUCCAAACGGCUAUGACAACGGAGUUCCGACACAUGCUGGAUCGAUUUGUACUUAUCUACCUCGACGACAUCCUGGUGUACAGCCGGAGUUUGGACGAGCAUGUGGAACACCUGCGCACCGUUUUGGAGCGGCUACGACAAGCCAAGUACAAAGCCAACCGGGACAAAUGCGAAUUCGCGCGGCAGGAGCAGGAGUACUUGGGACAUUAUGUAACGCCGCAAGGCAUCCGUCCGCUUGCGGACAAGAUCGAGGCCAUCCGAGUAUGGGCCGAGCCCACCAACACCACGGACGUUCGUUCAUUCAUGGGGUUUGCGGGUUACUAUCAGCGAUUCAUCACCGGAUACUCAAGAAUUGUUGCACCUAUGACAAGAUUACAAUCGCCAAAGGUGCCAUUCGUAUUCGAUGACGACGCACGCCGGUCAUUCCAAGCACUUAAGACGACCAUGCUCAUGGCACCCGUCCUUAGCAUCUAUGACCCCACCCUGCCUACGAGAGUGACAAUUGACACUUUCGGCUAUGGCGUUGGGGCAGUCUUAGAACAACACGACGGCGACGACUGGCACCCUGUGGAGUAUUUCAACCACAAAGUGCCUCCCAUCAACUCGCUUGAUGAUGCAAGGAAGAAGGAGCUGCUCGCGUUUGUGAUGGCUCUCAAGCGAUGGCGGCACUUCCUCCUUGGGCGUCAUAGUUAUCUUCGGAUCACCCGCCGGCCAGCCACUAUCGCAUUGCCAACGGGUACUUGCUCCUCCACUCAAGAGGCAAGGACUUAUUGUGUGUCCCACGAGACCGCCGUCUUCGGACUCGCCUUCUCGGGGAGUACCAUGACUCACGACUCGCCGGCCAUUUCGGAGUCAACCGCACUAUUGCACGGCUUCGACAACGAUUCCGAUGGCCCGACCUCAUUACCGAUGUCACUCGGUAUUGCGACUCUUGCGAAUUUUGUCGACGAAGCAAGCCCCGCAAUCGCAACCCCUACGGCGAGUUGCGCCCAAUGCCUAUCCCACGGGAACCCGGCCUCUCCGUUGCCAUGGAUGUCACCGGACCAUUCCCACCGCGAUCGCCUUGGGCACGACGGCAUCCUCACAGUUGUGGACCGUUUGAGUAAGUAUGCGUGUUUUCUCCCUUGCAAGUACUACUCCACGGCUCCCGAGCUGGCACUCCUCUUGCACACCAGUUGGAUUUAUGGCCACGGUGUACCGGAAGACAUAGUCAGCGACCGCGACACUCACUUCAUGUCGGCAUUUUGGACUUCUCUCAUGCAGGAGUCCGGCACGAAGAUGAAACCAAGUUCGACUUGGCAUCCACAGACGGACGGGCAAACGGAGCGGGCACAUCAAACCGCUCAAAUGAUGCUUCGUACGCUCAUCCGUCCGGACCAGAAAGAUUGGGUUGACCGCCUCCCAAACAUCGAGUUCGCCUACAACACUUCGGUGCACCCGGCGAUCGGCGUGACUCCAUUCGAGUUGCACCACGGUGGACGGAAAGGCCGUAUCUUCGCCGACCUUCUCCUCCCACGACCAGCCGACAUCGACGCCGCUUGCUCUCCCGCUUCCGUCCGGAAGUACAGGGAAUUGUUGGCUCAAGCCAACUGCAAAAGGCUCAAGUCCGCAUGCAGCAGUAAGCCAACAGGCGUCGCGUGCCAUGUCCCAUCCGCGCCGGUGAUCUGGUUUGGGUCUCUGCGGAAGAGUUUGCACUGGAACAGGAUGUUUCACGCAAACUGCUUCCCAAGUGGUUUGGACCAUGGCCCGUAACAUCAGCCGCGGGCGAUGAGCCCGAUGGCCCUUCAUUUGUGAUCAACAUCCCGGCGCAUCUGACGGUCCAUCCAGUCUUUCACGCCUCGAAGCUGGCAACAUAUACACCAGCUAAGAGCGAC